UCUACCUCUAAGGUGUUGAAGUUUCAACGCCACUUGGAAGUUUCUACACGUAACGUUCAGGAAAAGUGAAAUGGGCAACAAAGAGUCGCUGCCGGUGAACAAACACUUUACCGCCCACGAGAUCAGACUACUCACGCGGGGCUUCAAAGCCCUCGACCGGGACGGGUCGAAGAAGCUGAGCGUGUCUGAGCUCAUGUCGCUGCCAGGGCUGGACAAUAACCCCCUCCUACACCGCAUUGUUGACGUCUUAGAUACUGACGGCGAUGGCGAAAUUGACAUCGCAGAGUUUAUCGCCGGAAUUCCUAAGUUGAGCAUGAAAGGCGACACGAACAGCCAGCUGCAAUUCUUAUUCCGUAUCUACGAUAUGGAUAACGACGGCUUCAUAUCCAGCGGCGAGCUCUUCCAAGUGCUGCGGAUGAUGGACGAAAGAUGGAGUGACGUGCAGCUGCAGCAGAUGGUAGACAGGACUAUCGUGCAGCACGGCACUGAUGGCAGAAUUAGCUUUGAUCAAUUCAAGGCGGUUGUUUUAGCUAGUUUCCAUUUUGAGGGUAGCACGGAAUGACGUCUGUAAGAUCACGAGCACCGCGUGCGUGGGCGGGCUUGGUGAGUGGGGGAACGUGUUAGGUCGCAGGUACGGCGUGUAGGUAAAGACAACGUGUUUGUUGAAUACACGAAGAAGGGGAGGAUGUGUGCGGUGUAUACAAGGAGGUUUGAUAGAUUGCGCGUUUUCUAUAUGCAAAGAGAGGGUUUGGUUGCUUGUACUAAGGUAGAGGUUACAUGUACUGCGUGUACCUGUGCGAGUCGCGGAUUAUGCAUCCAUGUUGCUGAAAUCACAAAGUCCUAUCAAAAAACUAGGUCAUGUAAGACUGAAUCUCUCAAUAAAUUUUGUUGUAUAUCAGUUAAUUGUCUCAAUUUGUAUUAUCGCUCUAUGGCUAUAAAAAA